AUGGGAGAACCUUCUGACCCUUCUUUAUUAGACCGCAUCCGUUCAUGGGCGAAGCACCACGCCUCUGACCGCUCCAAGCACCCCACCAACAACAACAUUACGCCACAGCGAAGUGCAAGCCCCAUUCUACCAACCACGACCCGAGAUCUGCCGAACGCGGAGAAGACUGGACCCUCGUCGAACCAUGUCAUCAACAACACAAGUCACCAUGACAGUAUUGCCUUCAACAAUACCGCAGAGAAGACAUCGCCUGCUCUGCCCGGCCCAGCCCCUCCUUCUGAACAUGUCAAGUCGGAACAUGCAUCACCGAACCAACCCACCCUAGGAGGUGGAGACGGCACUCCCAAUGUGCCCGCUCCCAAACCAUCCAUCCUCAAGAGAGCCAAAGCUGGAACCGUCAGAUUUGGUCUCCAUACCUACGAUGCCCUCACCCACAGCUGGAUCAACGUCCUCCUCGUCUUCGUCCCUGCUGGUAUCAUUGCUAAGGCCCUCAAUAUCAACCCUUCGGUCGUCUUCGCUCUGAAUGCCGUUGCCAUUAUCCCUCUGGCUGGCAUGCUGUCAUACGCAACCGAGGUCGUUGCUUCUCGCUUGGGCGAUACACUCGGUGCUCUGAUGAACGUCUCGUUCGGCAAUGCCGUCGAGCUGAUCAUCUUCAUUAUUGCCUUGGUCAAGGACGAGAUUCGUAUUGUCCAGGCUUCACUGGUUGGAUCCAUUCUCUCCAACCUUCUCCUCAUUAUGGGAAUGGCCUUCCUACUUGGUGGUCUCCGAUUCCAAGAGCAGAUUUACAACAGCACUAUCACCCAGAUGAGUGCUUGUCUGCUCAGUUUGAGUGUCGUGAGUCUGGUCUUGCCCACGGCUUUCCAUGCCUCCUUCUCGGACAGCACGACUGCCGACGACAGAGUCUUGAAGGUCAGCAGAGGCACCAGUGUCAUUCUGCUCAUCAUCUAUGUUCUGUACCUGCUCUUCCAAUUGAAGUCGCAUGCCUACCUGUACGAAAGUACACCGCAGCAGAUCAUUGAUGAGGAGUCUCACCCGGGUAUCUUGGCCGACAUGCUAGGUUCGUCUAGCUCAUCUGAUAGCUCAUCCUCGUCGGAUUCAUCAGACUCGGAUACUUCCUCGCACACGACUUCAAAGCGUAUCAGGCGUGCCUUUAGACACCGCAGACGCCGCAAGUCGAGUGCCAGCACUGCCACGACCCCUUCUGUCAUCAGCGCUCCUUCUGUCGUCAGUGCUCCAUCCGUGGAGCGUGCCCACUCCCACCAAUCAGACAUAGUCCAGCCUCAGCCUCAGCGUCGUCCAUCUGCUCUCGGUGCCAUCAACAGUGGCGAUGAGGCCGAUACAGAUGGCGAGCUCGAAAUGCGUGGCGCUCCUCCUCUCAUCAGAGACUUUGUCGAUGGGCCCGUCACCGAAGAACAUCAGCAGCAGCUGCACUUCCAAGACACAAAGCCCGACACACGCAAGCAGAAGAAGAAGCAUAAGAAGAGGCAUCAUCAUAAACGCCAUGGCAGCCACGAGGAGAAGCAGUCCAUUGACGAGGCUUCUUCGGUUCGCAAACAGGGCAAGCAACCUGUUAAGGACUACACUCCUAAGGUGGGCUUCUCCGACGACGUGCAUUAUGCUCCCGCUGUCGAAACCGGCUCGCCUAGGAAGUCUUUCGGUAUUCGCCAGCUCUCUUCUCGUCAGGCCUUCCCUCGUCCCACCCUCCCCAAGAUGCUCUCUCAGAACGUCUUUGUCUCUCCACCUCCGGCUUCCGGCUCUCCUGUCACAGGCGCGCCUAUGGUGCCCCGUACUGGAGUGGGUGCGCUACGUAGAACUAGCUCUCUGCCUGACCGCCUCAACCGUCAAAACACUCCCUCGCAGCCUCCUCAGGAGAACCUCCCUCCUUAUCCUAGAGCCAUGAGUGGAGAACAGGAAUCCGAAGAGGAGACGGAAGAAAAGCAUAAUCGCAUGUCUCGUACUGCUGCUGUCGUUCUCCUGCUUUUCUCCACCGCUCUAGUCGCCGUCUGUGCCGAGUUCCUCGUCGAUGCUAUCCCUGCCAUGAUCGACGCAACUCCAGUCAGUCAAGCCUUUAUUGGUCUCAUCAUCCUGCCCAUUGUCUCCAAUGCUGCCGAGCACGUCACGGCCGUCACCGUUGCCGCCAAGAACAAGAUGGACCUUUCCAUUGGUGUCAGUGUCGGUAGNCAGUAUCCAGAUCGCUCUAUUUGUCACCCCCUAGUGGUCAUUCUUGGCUGGAUCAUCGGCCGCGACAUGUCUCUCUACUUUACGCUUUUCGAGACUAUCAGUUUAUUCGUUACCGCGUUCGUGGUCAACUUCUUGGUCCUUGACGGCAGAAGUAACUACCUCGAGGGUGCUCUACUCAUUGCUGCCUAUGUGAUUAUUGCCGUCUCGGCUUUCUAUUACCCUGAUGGUGCUGAUGCCAGCUCUCUCGCCGGAUCGAACUAG